AAAAAAAAAAAAAUUCUUCAUAAAACUACAGUUUAGAAAAGACCUCUACACACCCUUGUGCGUAGUUGUACACCCAUGUGUAAACUAAGAAAAAUAAAUUUUUUGGAAAGGUGAAGUAAAAAUACAUGACUGAAAUGAUGUAGUUGCAGAAGCCUGCACACCCUCUUACCUGGGGUGUGACUGUGUUCCGAAUGAGCCAAUCCAGUUCAAACCCAUGUGAAAUGGGAUUCAGCACACACCUGCAUCUAAAGUGCAUUUGAUGUACAUUAAAUCAAGUUUAGCUGUUCGAGUAAUCAGUUUUUAUAAUUUUGUUUUUUUUUAGAAGUUAUUUAUUUUCUGUUUUGAACAUCAACAAGCAAAAUACAGGCAAUGUAGAAAUGCAUCUUGUAAAACACCAUAAGUCAUCAGGAAAAUGACAAAGUACCUGAAACUAAACCAAACAUUUUUCAAUAUUUAAAAUUGAUGAAAAAAAUGCUGGCAUACAAAUAUCCCAAAAAAAUGUAGUAACACUAAAGACUAAUAAAAAUAGUUAUAGAUUUACAUCAGUAAUAAGUUUGAACUACUCUCAUGGCUAAGAUGUUUAAUGAAUGAACUGAGAGUGGUUGCGUGGUUAAAAUAUUUCGGACCCCACACCAUAGAAUAAUUACUCGAGAUUAUCGUCAAGAAACAUCUAAUAAUCGGGCCUAUGAUGAACGGAGGGAAAUUUUUCACAUUUGGCCCAAUUGUAGAUGCAAUAUGUGUGCAGCCCGGUUAUGUCCUUUGUCUCCCUCUACCACAGCCCCUCAUCAUGGCCUCCACUAUGUCACUUCGGGGCUACUCCCUAAGUCGUCAGCCAUCUUUCUCCAGCCGCUCCCUGAUGGAUACCAGCCGCUCCCGCGCUUCCGUCUCGUUCUCCUCCGGCGGUACGCUAACCCGAUCGGCGUCCAUCGGCCACGACCUCAACGGCCCGGCCGGGCUGCAGCUGAACGGGGUGCACGGCAGCAGCACCAACGAGAAAGAAGCCAUGCAGAGCCUCAAUAACCGUCUGGCCAACUACCUGGACAAGGUGCACUCGCUGGAACACUCCAAUGCCGACCUGGAGAUGAAAAUCAAGCAAGUGAUGAUUGAGCGCAUUCCCAAAGGUCAUGACAUGGACUCUAUGAUGGCCCAGGCUCACGCGAUUGAGCAGGAGGUGAGGAAGAAGACCUUGGAAAACGCUCGUCUCAUGUUGGAAAUCGAUAAUGCCAGACUGGCAGCCGAUGACUUCAGGAUCAAGUGGGAGACUGAGCUGGUGAUGUGUCAGUCGGUGGAGCGAGACUGCGUGGCGCUGAAGAAGGCCAAGAGCGACCACGAGCAGAUCAUCGCCUCCCUCAGGGGUGACCUGGACAGCCUGAAGGAGGAACUUUACUUCCUCAGGAAGAACCAUGAGGAGGAACUCGAACAGAUGAAGUCUCGUAUAGCCCGAGAUGAGGUGAACGUGGAGGUGAACCCGGCCCAGGGACCAGAACUGGGAGCCAUCCUGUCUGAGCUGCGGAUCCAGUACGAAGGCAUUGUCAAGAAAAACAAGGAUCACGCCGACCACUGGUACCGCAAGAAGCUGGAGACGGUGCAGAAUGAUGUGAAGGAGAGCAAUGAGGCCCUGAGAGGUGCGCAGGGCGAGCUGGUCGAAAGGCAGCGCUUCCUUCAAACGCUCCAGGUGGAGCUGGAGAGUUUGCACAAGCAGGUUGCAGCCUUGGAGGGUAACUUGGCUGAGGCGGGUCACAAGUACUCGGCCGAGAUGGAGCGUCUGCAGGUGAGCCUGAAUCAGCUGGAAGAAGACCUCUCGCAGCUCCGGCUGGAUAUGCAGCGCACCAAGACCGACUACGAGCAGCUGCUGCGCAUCAAACAGAACUUGGAGAUGGAGAUCGCCACCUACAGGCGCCUGCUAGAAGGAGAGGAAUGCAUUAAGGAAGUUCCACCCCCACCAAAAAAAGAGCCUGACGUGCGCACCAGGAAGAUCGUAAAGGUGGUGACGCAGACGAUGGUCAACGGCAAAGUGGUGGAUGAAUCCAGCGAGGUGGAGCAAAUCGAAGAGACCAUGAAAUAGAGAGGUGCAUGUGGGACCAUUAAUAACAAAAGCAACAACAAAAACUAUGUGAGAAAUAUGAUUCAUUACUGGUGGCAUUAUUUAGUUUUGACCAUUCUGCCUUUUGAAAUGUAAUUUAACAUAGUUGUGCAUGCUAAUACCAGAUUUGUAGGUGAAAAGGGCAGCUCAUGGAGCGUUUUACAAAAUAUUAGUUUACCUUGAGCAGUUUUUAUAUUUUAGAGCAUCAAAGUUUACCGUAGUGCACCUAUGACAAGU